AUGGCUUCUGCGCAGCACUCUUCUAUUCCCGCCGGCGCAUCCACCACCAGUGUUAGUCAGAGUUCACCAGCAACAGGCCCGGUUUCUGUUCCUAACGGCGACCGCAUACCCCUGCAGAUAGAGGGUAUGGAUGCUACUCAAGUCUCUAAUCUCCUUAAGAACCUACCUAGUCUCUUCCACAAGUCUCCUGCUCAAGGCGAUAUGACUGGAGAGGCUGCUCAAUCUUUGCAGGCUCUCGCUCAAGCCGGAUUGUUCCCUCUUCAAAAUCAACACCAACUUCAGCACCCCAUAUCAUUCCCCGGCGAUCCUGGCCCUUCUUCGCACCCCCGCGGUCCUCCUAACCUUGGCCACUUGUCUGCAGCCGCGGCAGCUGCAGGUCAAACCCCUCCAGCCUCACACACGCAGGAUGGAGGGGAAGCUCUCAGUGACACAGACAUCGGAGAACAACCUCCUUCAACGGCUCCACAACCGCCGUCCGGAUCAUCUGGAAGAUCCCGGGCCGCCAGGAGCGCUGCAAUGGGCACCGAUGAGUGGACCCGCCAGCGUAAGGACAACCAUAAAGAAGUUGAGCGUCGACGUCGAGGAAAUAUCAACGAGGGCAUCAAUGAACUCGGUCGCAUAGUACCAAACAGUUCUGGUGAAAAGGCGAAAGGCGCAAUUCUUCAGCGUGCUGUGCAGUAUAUCCACCAUCUGAAAGAAAACGAGGCGCGCAAUAUUGAGAAAUGGACACUAGAGAAGUUGCUCAUGGAUCAAGCAAUGGGUGACUUGCAAGCGCAGUUGGAGGACAUGAGGAGGUUAUGGGAGGAGGAACGCAUCGCACGACAAAGAGCAGAGAACGAACUCGAUGUGCUGAGGGGUGUAACGGGUCAGGCCACAACCAUUCCAUAUAAAUCUCGUUCGCGUUCAGUUGAGCGAGGGCAGGAUGGGCCGUCUAACAGAGGUCCAUUUGGUGAGAGUGAAGUGCGAACGGAACUUGGGAAUCGACCAGAGGAAGGUAGUAGUGAUGAGUCAGAAAGCAGGCCCGGGAAACGUGCGAGAGUUGAUUGA